CCCCUGGAGCUGAUGCCCUGAAUUUGGACUUCCAGCCUACUAGACUGUGAGAGAAUAAACUUCUGUUUGUUAAAGCCACCCACUUGUGGUAUUUCUGUUACAGCAACACUAGAUGGCUAAGACACUUUGGAACUAUUGAACCAACCCCCACUUGCAACAAAUUCUUCAUCACAAUCACCUUCACUUGCUGCACAUGCAGCUUUUAAAUCAUUGAAAAGGCUUUGAGCUGUUUCUUGCACUAAAUUAAGGCUAAAUAAAUAUUCACCAGUUCUGACUUACGUACAAAUUCUUAAAGAUACACUUAGAAACGGAUCUAGUUCGUAACCUGGGGACUGCCUGUAUAAUGAAGUUACACAACAUGCAAUGCCACCAGCAUGCAGUAGAGGGCAAAGGGGAGUUCAAGCUUCCCGGUAAAGCUUGACUCAUUAUGCUCCUGCAGCCAGUUGUGGCCCUGUCUUUGAAUCACCCACACCUGAAGCUCUGACUGAGCUGGUGCAAGCCAGAAGGGUUUCAAACUCAUCUUCAUCAUACAUAUGAGGGAACCAGUGAUAAAAUUAUUGGAAAUACAAUGAGGUUUAUCAGAAACAUUUGCAUAUUUUGUAGUAUUGUUAUGUCAGUGCAGGGCUGGGCUCCAAAGCAGCCAGAAGAAAGGGAAUUGACUACCAACUGCUCCAACAUGUCUCUAAGAAGGGUUCCUGCAGAUUUGACCCCAACCACAACCACACUGGAUUUAUCCUACAACCUCCUUUUUCAAAUUCAAAGUUCAGAUUUUCAUUCUGUCUCCAAAUUGAAAGUUUUGAUCCUGUGCCAUAACAGAAUCCAACAACUGGAUAUCAAGGCCUUUGAAUUCAACAAGGAGCUAAGAUACUUAGAUCUGUCUUACAAUAGACUAAAGAUUGUAACGUGCUAUCCACUGGCAGGUCUCAGACAUUUAGAUCUUUCUUUCAAUGACUUUGACACUGUGCCUGUUUGUGAGGAAACUGGCAACAUGUCCCACCUGGAAAUUCUAGGCUUGAGUGGAGCAAAAAUACAAAAAUCAGAUUUCCAGAAAAUUGCUCAUUUGCAUCUAAAUACGGUAUUUUUAGGAUUGAAAACUCUUUCUCAUUAUGAAGAAGGUAGCCUGCCCAUCUUAAACACAGUAAAACUUCACAUUGUUUUACCAAUGAACACAAAUUUCUGGGUUCUUUUGCAUGAUGGAAUCAAGACUUCAAAAAUAUUAGAAAUGACAAAUAUAGAUGGCAAAAGCCAAUUUGGAAGUUAUGAAAUGCAGCGAAAUCUUAGUUUAGAGAAUGCUAAGACAUCUAUCCUGUUACUUAAUAAAGUUGAUUUGCUCUGGGACGACCUUCUCCUCAUCUUCCAAUUUGUUUGGCAUAUGUCCGUGCAAUACUUCCACAUCCAAAAUGUGGCUUUUGGAGGUAAUGUUUGUCUUGAUCACAAUUCAUUUGACUAUUCAAAUACUGUUAUGAGAGCUAUAAAACUGGAGGAGGUACAUUUCAGAGUUUUUAAUAUUCCACAGGAUAGAGUCUACCUGCUUUUCACCAAAAUGGAUAUAGAAAACCUGACAAUAUCAGAUGCACAAAUGCCACACAUGCUUUUCCCUAAUUAUCCUACAAGAUUCCAAUAUUUAAAUUUUGCCAAUAACGUCUUAACAGAUGCUCUGUUUGAAAAACCAAUCCAAUUGCCUCAUUUGAAGACUCUUGUUUUGAAGGGCAAUAAACUAGAGACACUUUCCUUAGUGAGCUACUUUGCUAACAACACAUCCUUGAAGCACUUAGAUCUGAGCCAAAAUCUGUUACAACAUGAAAACAGUGAAAAUUGUUCCUGGCCAGAAACCUUGAUCACCAUGAACUUGUCAUCCAAUAAAUUUUCUGAUUCUGUUUUCAGGUGUUUGCCGAGAAGUAUUCAAAUACUUGACCUGAAUAAUAACAAAAUUCAAAGUGUCCCUACGGCAAUUAUUCAUUUGGAGUCUUUACGAGAGCUAAAUGUUGCUCUUAAUUUUUUAACUGAUCUCCCUGCGUGCAGUCAUUUCAGAAGACUCUCACUUCUGAACAUUGAAAUGAACUUAAUUCUCAGUCCAUCUCAGGAAUUUUUUCAGAGCUGCCAGGAAGUUAAGAUUCUAAAUGCAGGAAGAAAUCCAUUCAGGUGUACUUGUGAAUUAAGAGACUUCAUUCAGCUUGAAAAAAAUUCAGAGGGUAUGUUGGUUGGAUGGUCAGAUUCAUAUAUCUGUGAAUACCCUUUGAAUCUAAAGGGGACUCAGUUAAAGGACAUUCACCUGCCUGAAUUAUCCUGCAAUACAGCCUUGUUGAUCUUCGUCAUUGUGGUCAUCAUGCUUUCUCUGGGAGUGACAGUGGCCUUCUGCUGCUUCCACUUUGAUCUGCUCUGGUAUAUUAGGAUGCUAAGUCAGUGGACACAGACGUGGCACAGGGUUAGGAAGACUACCCAAGAACGACUCAAGAGAAAUGUCCAAUUCCAUGCAUUUAUUUCAUACAGUGAACAUGAUUCUCUCUGGGUAAAGAAUGAAUUAAUUCCCAAUCUAGAGAAAGAAGAUGGUUCUAUUUUGAUUUGCCUUCAUGAAAGAAACUUUGACCCCAGCAAGAGUGUUACUGAAAAUAUCAUAAACUGCACUGAGAAAAGUUACAAGUCCAUCUUUGUUUUGUCUCCCAACUUUGUCCAGAGUGAGUGGUGCCAUUAUGAACUCUUCUUUGCCCACCACAAGCUCGUCCAUGAAAAUUCUGAUUAUAUAAUCCUCAUCUUGCUGGAACCCAUUCCACUGUACUGCAUUCCUACUAGGUAUCAUAAGCUGAAAGCUCUCAUGGAAGAGCAAACAUGCCUGGAAUGGCCCAAGGAUAGGCGAAAAUGUGGGCUUUUUUGGGCAAACCUCCGAGCUGCUCUUAAUGUUAGUUUAUCAGAAACCAGAGAGAUGUGUGAAUUACAGACACUUGCAGAGCUGAAUGAAGAGUCUCGAGGAUCUACAGUCUCUCUGAUAAAAACAGACUGCCUAUAAAAUCCCACCCCCUCAGGAAAUUGGGGCCCACAUACACGUUGGGAUAUAUAUUGGUACAACCUUAUGAUGGCAAUUUGUUAAUAUCUAUUAAAAUGAAAAAUGGUCAUUUCUUCGUAUCAGUUCCUUGAAGGAUUUCUAAGAAUGUAUCCUAUAGAAACACCCACACAGUUUUACAAAGGUUUAUGUAAAAAGAUACUCAUCUCAAUGUUGUCUAUAAUCAUGAAAUUGAAGACAGCCUGAAUGUUCACAAAAUAAGGAUUAAUUAAAUAAAUUGUAGUACAUUAAUGCAAUAGAAUAUUAAAAACCAAAUCAAUUGCUGUUGAGUCGAUUCUGGCUCAUGGAGACCCCAAGUGUUUCAGAAUAGAAUUGUGCUUCAUAGGGUUUUCAAUGGUUAUCAUCUUUCCGAAGUGGAUUGCCAGGCUUUUCUUCUGAGGUGCCUCUGGAAGGAUUUGAACCAUCAACCUUUCAGUUAGUAGGUGAGCAAAAACUUAACCGUUUGUGACACCCAAGGACUCCAAUAAAGUAUUAGGCAGCCAUUAAAAAUAAUGAGGUAUGUAUAUUUACUGGUGUGGAAAAAUCAUAUUAAUAUAUUGGUUUAUACAUUGAAAUAAAAAUCUAAAGGAAUCUACACCAGUACACUUGUAUAGUAACAGUGGUUUGGGUCUGGGAGGUUGGAUUACAGGGAGUAUUUACUUUCUAUGUUGUAUAUUUCUAUGAUGUUCAAACUGUUUAGAAUUAACCUGUAUUACUUUAUAAGCAGAAAAAACAAUAAAGAGAAUUUUAAAAGCCUAUACAUCCUAUUCCUUUUGCUUGAUUCUGCACUUCUAGUCUCACUGGUCACAGAAAGAAAACAAGCUCCCCUGGAUUUUGCAGAAUUAUAUAUCAAAAAGAAACAUCAUGUCACUUCCCGAAUUAAAAAACUUAGUGGUUCACCUAUAUGAUAAAGGAAGAAAACGCCAUGUCCUUCAAGAUCUGGCACCAGUAUUUUCUUACCUCCUUGCAUCCUCUCAUUGUGUCCAAUCAAAUUAUUGACACUUUCCCAGAAUAUCCAGUUUCCAUUCAUGUCCCCAGAGCCUUGACACUAUGCCUACCUGUAACACCUUUGUCCCCUUGGUCCACUCAGGAAAUCUUACAUAUCCUUGAAGGCACAAGCCAAAUGCCAACUCUUCCUGGAAACCUUCCUCAUCUCUUCCCUAAGCAUGUCGUUGUUGUUAGUCGCCGUCAAGUUGAUUUCGAUUUAUGGUGACCCCAUGUGUGCAAAGUAGAACUGCUCCAUAGGAUUUUGAAGGCUGUGACCUUUUGGAAGCAAGUUGCCAGGGCUUACUCCAUGGCAGCUCUGGUUGUGUUUGAACCACAACCUUUCGGUUAGUAGUCCAGCACUUAACCAUUUGUACCACCCAGAGACUCCUCUCCAAGUAUGAUGUUCUUCAAUUCUCUGUAACACUUUAGACAUAUUUCUAUUACCAAACUGAUUAUGUAACUUUUUAAAGUUUGCUUUCCUCACUAGGCUAUGAGCCCCUCAGGGGCUAGGACAGAACUUUCCAUCUGCCCUUUUAUUGGCAGCAGUUUGCAGAGUCCAUAGUUUAGAAAAGUGCUCAAUGAAUGUUUCUGGAAUGGAUGGUUAGUUGGCUAGAGGAAUUUAGUGGGAACUUAACUGGUCCCAGGAUAGAGGGUAGAAUUUUAGGGCAAAUUCUGGGAAGCUAGUGACAAGACAGAGAAUCCAGAAUUGAAAUAUUUCUGAAUGUAGCUUGAAUCAUAUGAAAUUACCAACAUUUAAUUACUUUUAAUGUACAAAAACAUCAAUUCACAUGGUUCAAUUAAUAAAACUAGUCUCCUAAAGGAGGUAAAACUGGAUUUACUGUAUUUAAGUACAACUUGUUUCCUUUUAGUUUGUGUCUUAUGAAUUCCUCAUGCAGUAGUGAUUUUUUUUUUAAUUGUAUUCAAGAUGGCCAACCUGAGAGUAUAAGAAGAAGAAUAGGUGUCAGUCUAGAAGCCAAGUUGUGCUCCCAUUUGACCAAUGGCCCAUCUACUCUGAGGAGUUAGAGUCCAGCAGCCUUGAUGUUGACUGUCACUUUUUCCCUUCCCUGCUGGAACCAUGGUCUUUUUGGCAGAAGGGCUAAGUCCAAAGAAAUCACGGUGGGUGAGGGCAGAGAAUGGAGAGAUUGCUUCUCCUCUCAGCUCUCAGCAUCUGGGCCACUGAUAUUUGUGUGAUUCAUGUCUUCUGGAGAAGACAGGUACAAUUCGAGGGAUUUGUAAAUCUUGAGUCAAUUCGUCAGUGUUAGACUUUUACCUUUAAUUUACUGAGCACAUGCAAGUAAGCCCUAAAGUCACCAGGAUUGAGUCAUCCCAUAGUUUAGUAAUACUGUUUUUUAACAGAUACAUUUUAUGACGCUUUUAAAAACAACAUGUUAGGCUUUGUUGUUGUUGAGUGUUGCUGAGUCAAUUCCAACUCAUAGCAACCCUAUAGGACAGAUUAGAACUGCCCCAUAGGGUUUCCUAGGCUGUAAUCUUUAUGGAGCAG